AUGUUCAAAAUCCUUGGCGAAGGAACCGGAAUAGCCAAUUUCUCUUACAAGAAUAUUAACAAGAUCUAUGAUGUAACUCGUGAGUUAAUUCACAAUAUGACUGCGAAACAACCGUCAUGGGUGUUCAAAUAUUGGCCACAGUACAACAACAGAAGUACCAUGGACAUCAUCACUGAACUGCGUACGAUACGCAUGAUCACUAAAUUCAACUCCACUGAAAAAGCCAAUCUAAUUGGUGGCUAUUUGUUGAACAAUUUCGUAAGUAAUGCUAUGAAGGUGGCGAAUGGUUCUAUGGAAAAUCCGAAGAAAAUGCUACUAUACUCUUCGCACGACGGCACGUUACUCGGUCUUAUGUACGCAAUGGGAGUGGGAAACAAUCUUAUGAUACCAUACGCUUCAGCAGUCAUCAUGGAGAUAUUCAAGGAAGGCAACGAAUACCAAGUUGAGUUGCUCUUCCGGAACGAUACCACAAGAGCACCGUAUCCGUUGACGAUUCCCAAUUGUGGUUCUCCUUGUACUGUGGACAGCAUGGCUAAGCAGUACCACAGCAUGCUUCUCAGCAGUUAUGCUGAUCAACAGAAGGUUUGUGUCAUCUAUAGAUGUGAAGAAGAUUAA